GGAGUGCGGACGCGUGUCUAGUUUUCCGCUACGCUUCGUAAGGGACGGUCGCGUGUGUUGGAAAAGAGCCAAAAAUCUAUUUGCGGACUCCGGAAAAGUUCAAAAUGAACACCGGCGUCUUAGCCUGGGAGUGCAUAGUCUUCGCCGCGUUCGUGUGUGCCUCGUCCGUCCUCCCUCUAUGGCAGAGGAAGAGGGACGCCAAGGCGGGGGGGAGCGCGAAGAGGGCGUACAUAUUCGCGGGGGGAGGGGUGGGUACCCUCACCAUGAUACUGUCGGUGGCGAGAGGGACGCUGGGAGUGAGGUCCUUUUUGGGUUUCCCAUCAGAGCUGGUCUACUACGGUUCGGCGAUGUGGGAGACGCUGUACGGCAUGGCGCUGGCCUUCCCCCUUGUCUGCUGGAUCUUCAUACCUGUCUACUACAGGCUCCAGACUAACUCUGUGUAUGAGUAUUUACAGAUGCGUUUCGGAUCUACUUCAGUCAGGCGGGUUGCUGCAGCCACCUUUCUCCUCCGUCAGACCCUCAACCUGGCUGUCACAGUGUACACUCCUACAGUGGCACUACAUGCCGUAUUAGGGCUGCCGCAUUGGGCGUCUGCAGCGGUGCUGACUCUGGUGGCGAUAGUGUUCAACCUCCUUGGGGGAUUGGCUGCUGCUAUCAGAGCAGACGUGAUCCAGACGCUGACGAUGGUGAUAGUGAGCGUGGCCUUCAUCAUCCAAGCAACAGUGGUGGCUGGAGGGCCACAGAAGGUCUUUGAAGAGAACCUCGCUGGUGGUAGACUGGAUUUCUUCCAUUUCACAUGGGAUCCAACCGUGCGAGUCGAUACGCUGUCCGCUCUCAUCGGCCAGCUCUUCAUGUCUGUCUCCAUCUACGGCUGCCAACAGACCUUCGUCCAAAGAUACUGCUCCAUGUCAAGCGAGGGCAAAGUGAAGAGAACCCUCCUUGCCAAUAUCCCCGCUGUUUCCAUCCUUUUCUCACUCUCCUGGGUCGUCGGAAUGGCGCUAUACGCGUUGUACAAGUACUGCGAUCCGUUGAUGUCCGAUAAAAUCAGUGCCCCAGAUGAAGUCUUGCCGUUUUAUGUUCGGGACCAGUUUGGAUUUCUGCCUGGAAUGCUUGGACUGUUUCUGGGCAGUCUUUUCAAUGGUGCGUUAAGUUUCCUGGUAUCUAACGUCAACUCUCUGUCCACUGUGACGUGGGAGGACUUCGUGUCAGCUGCGCCGGCGUUCAAAGGCAUUAGCGACAAGCAGCAGUUGACCAUUAUCAAGAUCAUUGGAAUUAUAUUUGCUGUUACCAUCAUGUGCCUAUCGCUCUGCGUUGGCUUAGUAGGAGGUGUGGUAGAGGGAUCCAUGUUAGUGACAUCAGCAACUUCUGGGGCGUUAUUAGGAGUGUUUCUAUUAGCAGCCCUCUUCCCUAUGGCCAACGGUAAAGGAGCAUUGUGGGGUAUGAUCAUGUCUCACGUGAUCACGAUUUGGAUGGCCACUGGCAGGAUCCUGUACGUCAAUGACACCGUCGCUAUGUUGGAUUUGUCCGUUGAGGGUUGUCGCAAUUCCACCCCAACGCUAUCAACGCGACCAGUGCCGGUGUUGACGACGACGGUGAACCAGACGCUGGCGGCCCUGGCGUCGCUGCUGCAGAAACAUGAUGAGGGGCAUACGCCACGACAGAAGGAGUAUACGCUAUUCGACGCUCUCAUGAAGAUGUAUUCGCUAUCGUACAUGUGGUAUGCAGUUAUAGGUACGUUGACUUGUAUUUUAGUCGGCAUAGUCAUAGGAUAUUUGACUGGAAGCGAAAAAGACGCUUUCGACGAGAAACUUCUGCAUCCACUCAUCGCAGAUCUAUCUAGACGAUGUCCAGGUAAGAAGAGAACUUAUAUCGUGGAAGAAAAGAAGAUUCCAGAAGAGAAGGAGUCUUCUUCGGAGAAAACUGAUAAUACUACUACAACAGUAGUGGAUGAAGUGAAACCUACCCUAUCUAGUAGAGGUAGUAGACUAUUUGAUGCCUACGAACCCAAUAUAUCUCCGUCGCCUAGUCGAACUAGAUUAUAAAAUAGAAUUUAGCAUAAAGGUGUUGUCAUACUAUGCAAUUGUGUUGCUGCGUUUUUACAACGCACUGCGGACUUUCAACGUCCAAGUUACAUAAUGUUGGAAAAUUAUCCAUAAGUCGCAUUAUUGUAGUUGGUAAUUACUAUUUUUUAAUAUGGAAAUAAAAAAAAUUCAGUUAUGAACAUAAAGUUCCUAAUUUGUUUUAAAAUAGUCAUUAUGGCUAUUGGGAAAGACGAAUACCAAUUUAGAAAAAUAUACAAACUAGUAAGACAAUAUUCAUACUGCACCGCAAACUUUGAAGCGCAGAUUUUGAAAUUAGGUAGCAGAAUGUAGUAGGGGUAAAACUUGCUUUUAUUUAUUUUUCCGUAAAUACUGACCUUAAAUACUGUAGCAGGCGACUGUUAAAAUAAACCGAAACGCACAUAUUUUUAUAUUGUAAUCAGAUUUUUAUUUUAAAAUAUGUUACAUUAAAAUUUAAAGAGUGGUUAUUUUGCUCUGAAGGCUGUAUCUUCCAAAAUUCUUAUUUUUAUACAAUGCCAGCCAAAACUUCCAGUGUUAUUCGUGACUUUUUCUAUAACAAUGUAUACCAGCACUGAAUCUGUACAGAAAUGCGUUUUUACAUACAUUAAUCUAUCGCUUGCGCGGUGCAGUGUGUAUUAGGCCUAAGAUCAUAGAUUAAGAAACAGAGUGAAUGCUUGUGAUAGAAACGAAUUUAUUAUGAAUUUAGAUUAAAAUUUAUUGUUAUUUAUGAAUGUAUGAAUAUUUAAGUUUAAGAUUAUGACCUGCUGUUUAGUUGUAAAUUAAUUUUAAUUUAGGUAGUAUUAUGAAUUCUAUCAAGAAAAGAUUUAUACACAUUGUGACUGGUCGCGGGCUGCUUGUUUUAAAUAAAAUUUAUGACUGUGCCAUAGGCUUUAUGAAAAAUGCAGCCCGCUGCGACUCAUCACAAUGUGGCCGAAGCCUCAUGCCGUGCGCGGAGACAAUUUUUAAAAAUAAAUUUCUAUUCAAAAGAAAUUAAGUUGACGUUUCAACCUGCAAAUUAUGCCAGUACGUCACGAUAGCUUUUAUCAACAUAAUGAUAAUAAUUGAUGUAUAAUAUAAUA